AUGAAGUGUUAAUAUGAUAAAAAUGAAAGCUUAUAUGUACUUUUAAGUUAAACAAAAAAUGUUGAUGAAUCAAUCCUACAUGUCCUCAUUUAGAUAUUAAAAAGGGAGAACAAUUAAGACUGUAUAGAAUUUCUCUCAUAAGAUUAAAAUCAAAGGCAAGUCGAAUAAGAAAUAUUAUAGGUAAAAAUUCUUCGCUAUUAGAUUAGUAAGAGAUGUUAAAUGUUGAAAAGAAUGACAUUGAUAAAGUAUCAAAUGUUCUCAAAACAAUUAAGGAUCAUGAUUUCAAUAGAGAUGAUUACUCGGUUGAAGUAUAUGAAGAAAUUAAAGAAGAUCUAAUCAAAAAAAUAUCAUAGAAUAGGAAGAUUAUUGCAUUAUUAAAAUUUUUAGUUCAUCUUACUGCUUUAGAUGAGAGAUAUUUAUAAUGUGGAUCAAAUUCUCUUCAUUUAUUAGUAAAAAUGAAGGUUGAUUUAAAAGUAUAAUGUUUUGAAAAUAUUAAAAUUCGAAAUACUUCACUAUUAGGAGCAAACUUUGUAAGAUGUGACUUAAGUGGAUCUGAAUUUGACAAUGUCAAUAUUAGUGGAAUGAAUUUAAAUUAAAGCAAAUUAUUUAAUUGUAAGUGGAGGAAUUUAAGAAUACUUGAGGUGAUGAAGUUAAUUGUUCAUAAUAAACAGGUCACUUCAGUUAGCUUUUCUCCAGAUGGCAAGUCAUUAGCUUCUUGCCAUGAUGAUGGCAUUCGCUUGUGGGAUGCUAAGACAGGAAGAAUAUAGUCUGUAUUAUAAGGAAAGAGAUUGGCAAAAUCUGUAUGCUUCUCGCAUGAUAAUACUACAUUAGCUUAGUGUAGUGGUUAAUUUGUGUUUAUAUGGAAUCUUAAAGGAGAAAAAUAAAUAUCGAAAUUUAUUGGUCAUACUGACACUAUUAAUUAAGUUUGUUUCUCUCCUGAUGGUACUACUUUAGCAUCUGGUAGUGAUGAUAAUUCUAUUCGUUUAUGGGAUGUUAAGACAGGAUAAUAAAACGUUAAGUUAGUUGGACAUUAGAAUUCUGUACAAUCAGUCAGCUUCUCUCCUGAUGGUACGACAGUAGCAUCUGGUAGUGAUGAUAGAUCCAUCCGUUUAUGGGAUGUUAGGACAGGAUAAUAAAAAGCCAAAUUUUUAGGCCAUUAUAAUUCAAUUAAAUCAUUAUGUUUCUCUUCUGAUGGUGGAAAUUUAUUAGGAGGUGGAGAUUGUUCCUUCCGUUUAUGGGAUGUUAAAACAGGAUAAUAAAUAGCCUAAUUAGAUGGUCAUACUGCUUCAGUUUUAUCUGUCUGCUUCUCUCCUGAGGGUACUGCAUUAGCAUCUGGCAGUGAAGUUAACUCAAUCAGUUUAUGGGAUGUUAAGACAGGAGAAUAAAAAGCAAAAUUAAAUGGUCACACAGAUGUUGUGCUAUCAGUCUGCUUCUCUCCUGAUGGUACCGCAUUGGCAUCUAGUAGUAGAGACGGCUCUAUUUGUUUAUGGGAUGUUAAGUCAGGAUUAGAAAAAGCCAAAUUAGAUGGUCAUGAUGAUUCAGUUUUAUCAGUCUGUUUCUCUCCUGAUGGUACUGUAUUAGCAUCUGGAAGUGGAGAUAACUCUAUUCGUUUAUGGGAUGUCAGGACUGGAUAAUAAAAAUCUAAAUUAAAAGGUCACACAGAUUUUGUUCAUUCAGUCUGUUUCUCUCCUGAUGGUUCUACAUUAGCAUCUGGAAGUGAUGAUAAUUCUAUCUAAUUAUGGGAUGUUCAGACAGGUUAAUAACAAGCUAUACUAGAUGGCCAUUAAAAUUCAGUUCUAUCAGUCUGCUUCUCUCCUGAUGGUACAAUAUUAAUAUCUGGUAGUUGUGAUAAGUCUAUCCGCUUAUGGGAUGUUAAGACAGGAUAAUAAAACUAAAAAUUGGAUGGUCAUACUAACACAAUUUAUUCGGUUUGCUUCUCUCCUAAUGGCAGUACUUUUGCAUCUGGAAGUUCUGAUGGGACAAUCUGUUUAUGGGAUGCUAAGACUGGAUAAUAAAUAGCCAAAUUUGAUAGUAAUUAAAAUUCGGUUCAGUCAGUCUGUUACUCUUGCAAUGGUACUACUUUAGCAUCUGGUGGUAGAGAUGGUUCCAUCUGUUUAUGGGAUGUCAAGACAGGAUAAUAAAAAGCUAAAUUAGAUGGUCAUUAAAAUUCAGUUCUAUCAGUCUGCUUCUCUCCUGAUGGUACUAGAUUGGCCUCUGGUAGCGAUGAUAAGUCUAUCCUUUUAUGGGAAGCUAAGACAGGAUAAUUAAAAGCAAAACUAGAGGGCCAUUAGAGUUCAAUUCAAUAAGUAUGUUUCUCUAGAGACGGUACUACAUUAGCUUCUGGUGGUGGAAGUUUAUUAGAUGGCGGAGAUUGCUCCAUCCGCUUAUGGGAUGUUAAGACAGAACAGGAAAAAACUAAAAUAAACAAUUAUGACAAUUCAUUUCAAUCGGUUUUUUCCUCUUCCAUUGGUUUUAUAUUAGCAUCUGGUAGUGAUGAUAAUUUUCGUUUAUGGGAUGUUAAAAAAGGAUAACAAAUCUUACCUUCAGGUGAUCGUUACAAAGGUAUUUUAACUAAAAUUUCAACUCCUAUUAUUAAUACCUAUGAUCUUCUAAACAGUAGUAUUUCAUUUUACAAUUAUUUAGCUUCACCUAAUAUUACCAUACAUCAAAUUUCCUUACAUCCAAAUUUAGAAGUUUAAGGAGCUUUAAUCUUGAAAGGAGAAUUUCUAAAUUAUCAAGGUGUAGAUUUAAGAUAAUUACUCAAAUCUAAAGGUAGUUUGAUCAUAGAAAAUUUAACAGAAUAAAAGCAAAUGUGA